AUGAGUCUACGAGGGUACUCACUUCCCCUUUCCAACGAUGACGCCCAAGCCAAACGGGAUGAUGACUACGACAGCAAACUCAAGCCUAAGAGUCGUUAUGGGGCAUCGCUGGGGUUCUUGAACACAUUGCGUGCGGCUCAACAUAAGUUGAUCUACUUGGCUAGCCGAUACAAGUUGAUUACGCUCGCGGUGAUCCUCUUGGUAUUCUUGCUGCAAUUCACCUCGCUCGAAGUACCUUUCCUCCCGUCACUCUUCAAGUCGAAUGACCCCAAAGUGGUGAUUAUUUUGGCUGCCAACGAAGGAGGUGGGGUUCUUAAAUGGAAACUGCCCCAAGAGUGGCUGGUAGAGCGGUCUCUGAUUGCCAACAAGAAACAGUACGCCAAGAAACAUGGAUAUGCCCUUACUAUCAAGGACAUGACGAUAAAGAAGCGUUACUCGCAUGAGUGGCGUGAACUGUGGGAGAAAGUGGACAUCUUGAAGCAAACUAUGCGGCAGUACCCCAAAACGGAGUGGUUUUGGUGGUUGGAUUUGCACACGUAUAUUAUGGAGCCUCAAAUUUCUCUUGAAGCCCACUUUCUCAACAACUUAGAGAACCUGACCUAUCGGUCCCUUGAAACGUUCAACCCAUUGCUGUUGCCGGUGGAUACCCCAUACACUGACUACACAUCUCCAAUUGACUUAAUCAUUACCCAAGACUGCGGCGGUUUCAACUUAGGCUCAUUUCUUAUGAGACGCCUGGAUUGGAGUGAAAUGUUGUUAGACAUGUGGUGGGAUCCGGCCAUGUAUGAGCAGAUGCAUAUGAAAUGGGAACACAAAGAGCAGGAUGCUUUGGAAACGUUAUACACCACGCAACCCUGGAUUCGGGAGCGUGUCGGGUUUUUGCCAUUGCGCAAAAUUAACGCCUUCCCUCCGGGUGCUUGUUCCGAACAAGCUGACGACCCUCAAUUCUUUUUCAAGAAUAAUGACUUUGUUGUUAAUAUGGCUGGCUGUGAGUAUGGACGUGACUGCUGGAAGGAAAUGGAGCACUACAAGGCUUUGUCGAAGCUGCUCCACAAGCCAUGGUGGAAAUUAUGGUAG